AUGUUACGGGUCUUGCUGCUUCCUCUCUCUGUAGUUGCCAUUGCUCAUGCUGAGCUCUGCAAGCCAGAUGCACAGAAUGCUUUCAAAGUACGGCUUAGUAUCAAAACAGCUUUGGGAGAUAAUGCAUACGCCUGGGAUGCUAAUGAAGAGUACCUCUUCAAAGCAAUGGUGGCUUUUGCAUUGAGAAGACAUUCCAGCAAGAGCACAACUCAAAUUUCCAAUGUGCUGCUCUGCAAUGUGACAGAUCGGGUGUCAUUUUGGUUUGUGGUCACAGAUUCUUCCAAAAACGUGACAACUGUUCCUGGAAGUGAGGUAGAGGCAGCCAUCAGGAUGAACCGGAACAGAAUCAACAGUGCCUUCCUACUGAGUGACAAAACACUGCAGUUCCUGAAGAUAACCUCAACCUUAUCACCUCCUGUUGAACCCUCCACGCCUGUCUGGCUUAUCGUAUUUGGUGUUGUUCUUUGUCUCAUUGUGGCUGGAAUUUUUUUCCUUGUUGUUGCAGGGAUUCAGCAACGCAAGAAAAAGAAUAAACAGUCAACAGAGAGAGAAAAUUUGGAAGAGAAAGGCGAAGUGACAGUAACAGUAGAAAAUGGGAUUCCUUGCGAAACACUGGAUUUAAAAGCAGGCCACGUUAAUGGAGUCUUUGCAGCAGAUGAUGAACGGUUCACGUCCUUAUGA